AUGGAUAAGUUUUGGCAAGCAGAAGUGGGCAAGAGCAUUCCCAGGAGAGUGUGGAGAAAGGCGACUGACUCUCCUUCUGGAACCAAGAGGCGGAGGCCCCCAGUUGCGCCGGCGGCGCGCGCUCCCGCGUGGGCGGGCCCCGCCCCCGCCCUCCUCGUGCGCGCCGCGGCGGACACGCGCCCGCCCCCUCGGGCGGAGACGCGCGGGGAGAGGCGCGCGGCCGCGAGCCCCGGGCGCCAUUUUGGACUCGGUGUCUGGGCCGAGGCGCGGGGAACUACGCGCUGGCCGCCGCUCGCUGAAGGAGUCCCUUGCGACGACGAGGGAUCCCGGGAGAAGGCCGCAGACGGCGCGGGACUGCGAAGGAAGCUUCUUUCUGGGCAGCCGGAGCCGCCGAGGUGGAGCCGCGUUGGCGCCCCACCCGGGACCGGCGCCUCGGAUGCGGGCGGAGCGCGGGGGUCCGCGGCGGCGGGAGCGCGACGCGCGGGGCCCGGGGGGCCUCAUGUGAGAGCCGUGGGAGCAGCCGGCGACCCCGGAGCCCGGGGUGCUGUGUGCGGGAAGCCGCCUCCGGCCGCAGGUAACGGCGGAGGGCCAGCGGCCUUCGCGGGAGCAGGGCGGGUCGGGGGCGCAGGGUCCGGGCGCGUGCGGGGCGGGGCGGGCCGGGGCGCGGCGCCCAGACCUGGGAGUUACUGGGGGCGUUUCCCCGCCGUGCCUGCUUCAAAACAUGUCAACAAGGCGUGGCGCUGUGUCAGCGACCCCGCGGCCCCGCGCACGGCCUCGGUACCCUCGGCGGGGGCUGGUGACAGGCGCUGCAGGGCUCGCGCUCUCCGGGCUCUGCCCGGCGUCGACUGCGCGCGUGCUUGUAGCUGGAGAAGUGAGGGGCGUUAA